CCUUUUUUUCCUCAACAACUCCACCCAUAUCCCCCAAAUUAAUAAAAAAACCCUAAAAUCUCUCAAUCCAAUGUUAUCCCAAAACGCGUACACCAGAUUCAGCAAAGAGGAUGCAUAGAAUCACGAACAAAUAGGCCCUCACUGCAACUGCCUGCUACUUCAUCGGCAAGUUCUAGCGAUCGAUUUAACACUAUAUAUAUACAGAGCAAAACUUAACGAAAAAUCACAAAAUGAUUUUGUCCUUUUGCUGUACGCAACUUAUAAUUUGUGUGCUUUGUGGUGAAUCUGUGUCAACGCUAAUAUCUGGGUGUCAACGCUUAUAGCUGGGUGUCAAUGCUAAGAGCUGGGUUCUGUUAUUUGUUGUGCGUAUACUUGAUUUGUGGGUUCUGUCAACGCAGCUUAUACGAUUUGGUCUUCUUGUUGUGCUUUCUCGUCAAGUUGGCAAUAGGGCUUUCCCAGAAGGUUCUAUCGCGGAGGGAUAUUUGGCAACUGAAUGUUUGACUCUAUGCUCAAGGUACUUGCAUACAAUGGAAACAAAGUUUAAUCGCCUUGAGUGGAAUUAUGAUAGUGGUGUUAUUGAAUCUGAUGGAGGUAUAACAAUUUUUUCACAACCUGGAAAAGAAUUAUGAGAUGGAAAAUUGGACAAACUUAAUCCAGAUGAAUUAGAGCAAGUACAUAUUUAUAUUUUGAAGAACUUUGAUGAAAUUCAAUAAUUUCUCGAAGAGUUUUCGGAAAUUCCAGGUGAUACCUCUCAAAAACAUUCAGAUAGGGAGUUCAUUAGUUGGUUAAAAAAAAGAUCCAGGUACCGCUGAUCAGGUCUACUAUCCUUGAGGGAGGCGACCUCUCUAGAGACUUCAAGGCUAAGAAUUGCUAGGUGUUCCACAAGAAGACAUCACUCAUUGAGGCUCCACCUUUCUUGCCUUCUCUGGUUGACAUGAAUCCAUCAAAGUCUGAAAUGGGAGCAACUUCAAAGAAUGUACAUCAUGCAUAUAUUCAACCUGGUGCUUUAGCAAGAGGAAGAGGACACAACUUUGGAUCUUUGGGAUCUAUAACAACAAGUAUUGGAAAGAGAACUCUUAUUGGCGAAAGUAAAAAUCACAACUCAACAGCUUUUGAGCAGAAUAAGCUUGCACAUACUAAUAAUCUUGUUCCCUCUGGUUUCGCUUCGAUGGAAGACGAUGCUCCCCUUGAUCAAGACUCAGAAGCGAAGCAAGAAACAGGAGGAGCUUUGAAGAAUGUAAAUCUUGCAUACAUUCAACCUACGUCUUUAGCAAGGGGACGAGGGCAAAGCUUUCGAUCUUUGGGCUCUGCAAAAGUAAAUGUUGGCACAAAAAAUCUGUUUGGAGAGAUUAAAAAUUACAACUCAGGGGCUUCUAAGCAGAAUAAGCUAGCACAUAAUAAAGUUGGAGCUACUUCGAAGAAUGUACGAGACAUUUGCAGUCAACCUGGUGCUUUAGCAAGGGGACGCGGGCAAAAUGUUAGAUCUGUGGGCUCGUCAAAAGGAGGAAGCGUUGUAAAGAGAAAUCUUGUUGGGGAAAGUAAAAAUCACAACUCAACAGUUUGUGAGCAGAAUAAGCUAGCACAUAAUAAAACUAUAGCUACUUCGAAGAAUGUACGAGACACUUACAAUCAACCUGGUGGUUUAGCAAGGGGACGCGGGCAAAACGUUAGAUUUGUGGGCUCGGUAAAAGGAAUCGUUGGAAAGAGAAAUGUUGUUAGGGAAAGUAAAAAUCACAACUCAGCAGCUUCUGAGCAGAAUAAGCUAGCACAUAAUAGUAAUAAUCUUAUGCCUCCUAGUUUCGAUCCGAUGAAAGACGAUGUUUCUCUCGCUCAAGAAGAUGAAAUGAUGCAAGAUCUAUGUUAAUCUGAGAACCCAAAAAAGGUGAGAGGAAAGAAUAGGAAUAAAGAUGUUGCGGUACUCAAAUCUGGAGAAAAGUUUAGAGUCAACUUUUACCACAAUCGGGUUGUUGGGAAGCAUCAAGCCUCAUUUUCGAGACACUUGGGUAUAUUAGUUCGUGAUCGUAAUAUAUGUCCAUUGCAAGUACAUUCAUGGAAGGACAUCAGAGAAGAUAAGCUGGAACACAUGUGGCGAGCUGUUACGGACAAAUUUGACAGUGAUGACAUGAAUCAUCAAAGAGAUCAUGUGUUAAAUCAUAUGAGAAAGUUAUGGACCAAGUAGAGAGGAUCAUUGCAUAAGUAUGAGAAGUUUAAGCCAUUGCAUGAAGCACUAAAAGAUGUCCUGGAUGAGGUAGACAAGAGUGAUUGGGAAUGGUUGGUCAGGAACAUUUUUUAAGUGAAAAAUUUAAGGAAACAAGUAUUAGAAACUCGAUCAAUAGGUCUAAGUUGAGAAUGCCUCAUCGUAUGGGUAGCAAGCCGAUUAGAGAAAUUAUUUACGAAUUGGUAAGUGCACAGUGCAAUCCUAUAAAAUAAAUCUCGUCUUUGUUUGACUUGUUUAUUUAAAUGUGACGGGAGGCAAAGAUGGUAAUCCACCGAACAUGGUGACUAUCUUCUUUGAGACUCACAAGAAAAAUGAUACGCUUGUAGAACCUGAAGCUGGUGAAAAAUAUGCUGAGAUAUAAGAACUGGUACAGUCUGAGCCAUCUCUUACGAAUAUUGAGGUAGUAGAAAGAUGCUUCGGACCUCAAAACAAGAGUCACGUGGUUGGAUUAGGGGGUGGUAUAACCACUAAGAAGUUAAAAGGCGGUAGCUCCUCAAAGGCUGCAAUACUGACUGAGCUGAAUGCAGUUCGAAAAGAAAAAAAAUCACAACAGACCGAGCUAAAUGCAACUAAAAAAGCAAAAGAAUCACCAGAAAUAAUGUACUGACCUUGACAUAUGUACAAUUACUCUAAUAUUGAAAUCUAAUUAGAUAUGUGCAUCUCAGAUUCAUUGUUUGAACGUAUAACAUUAUUUGAGAUUUGAGGUCCAGAUCUGUUUUCCGUUGCUUGCA